UGCGGGCGGUGAUGAACCGAUAGUCGACUCUAAGCCCAACAAGGACUUGAGUUCUCUCCAGCAAAAUAUAUCCUCUUCAGGCUUUGAAUUUCUCGGUUACACAUAUCUGUCUAUCAAAACCAAAUAUCGGUGUUCGGAUCAUCCAGCCACCGCUAAGAUACGGAGUUGGGAUUUGGGGAAGCGUUUUCCACUGCGCAAGUGCAUCUACUUGUGCUUUUCCUUUUUUCGAUUCCGACUUCCCAUUUACUUUAUCCCUCUAUCCGUCUACUUUCUGCGGCCCACUUUUUCCUCUUUGCUCUUGGUAUAAGCUCUUGCUAGAGCUAUCUCCUCUUAUAUUCCCCUAAGGAGAAUGCCUCCUAGCUCUAAUUGGG